GUAAAGCCAAGACUAGGGCAAAUCUCUUCGGCCUCGCAACUGAAGGGAACUAGCAACCGCAUCGAGCUAGCCUACCUACCGCGCAGUGCGGCUCUCGCGAGGAAGGCCAAGCGACGAAUCGAAGUUUUUGCUGUUCGGGACGGAUGGAAUCAAGUUUUGUGCGACGUCCUGUCGGUACCAGAUACCAUACGAGUUACCAGCUGCCGACCGGGUGGUGGAGGUUUGGUGAUGGUUCACGGUAACUUCUGUGGCAAAGUAGUUGGUGCCCUUCAUCGGAUUGAGGGUAAGAUGGAUGCGAAGAUGUACCUUAACAUCAUGGAGACUGUUAUCUGGCCGUUUGUUCGCAGUACUGCUCGCAGUGGCUUCAUUUUCCAACAGAACAACAACCCGGAACACGAAUCGAAGCCGCUCACCAGACGGUUCCGCGACAACAACGUCCCUCUGCUGACGUGGCCAUCACAGUCUCCCGAUCUGAAUCCCAUCGAAUAUUUAUGGGAAAGACUUGAGCAUCAAGUAAAAGGUCUCAGAGCUUGA